ACACUUCACUCUCUCUCCUUUCAAAAUUAGGGUUUAGGGUUUUUCACUUUUCUCAAAUCAAUCAAAACAAUGGCAUCCACCUCAGAGAAAAACGUUAAAACAUCAGAGAAGAAGAUCCUUCUAAAGAGUUCCGACGGCAAAACCUUCGAAGUCGAACCGGCAAUUGCAAUGCAAUCUCAAACAAUCAAGCACAUGAUAGAUGACAAUUGUGCUGAUGAAACCGGAAUCCCAAUUCCGAACGUAACCGGAAAGAUCAUGGCGAAGGUUAUUGAGUAUUGUAAGAAACAUGUUGAAGCCACGAGUUCCGAGAAAAACCCCUUUUCAACAUUUGAUAGGGAAUUUGUUAUGGUUGAUCAACCUACUCUGUUUGAUCUCAUCUUGGCUGCAAACUAUUUGGAUAUUAAGGGUUUGUUAGAUCUCACAUGCCAGACUGUUGCUGACAUGAUAACGGGUAAGACACCGGAGGAGAUUCGUAAGACUUUUAACAUUGAAAAUGACUUUAGUCCUGAGGAAGAGGCCGAAGUUCGUCGCCAAAAUGACUGGGCAUUUGAGUGAUUAUUGAAGGAAUAUGUUAACUUAAUCUCUAAAUAGAUUAUAAUAGUUUAGCUACAGUUUAAGAGACUAAUGUUUGUUUGUUUGUUUUUGACCCCAAAGAGACUAAUGUUUUAGUUUUCAUAAAAAAAUAAAUAAAAAA